UCUCUCUCUCUCUCUCUCUCUCUCUCUCUCUCUCUCUAUUUUUUUUCUCUCUCCAAAAAUUUAGGUUUAUCUUUUGACAAUUGAUGACAGCGAAACAAUCGCUGCAUUUAUAUACAUCUGUCUAUAAAGAUCAGAAUUGAUGAUAUGCUCUUUGUUUGAGUGUGGAUUUCUAGGGUUUAUGAGCCAAUCGAUCAGAGCCAUGGGUUGUUUCUUUGGCUGCUUCCGAAUCAGAGACGAUCGUCGCCACCCCCAGACUCAUCUUGUCUCAGAACCACUCCCUUCGAAGCUCAGAGAACCUGUUGUAUCUCGGAAUCCUCUGUCAUCUCUACUACUCGCUGAUGAUAAAGGUGGAUUGCCAUGUAAGGAUAAGAAAAAUCCUGCCUUGAGGACUCCAGAUCAUGGCAACAACAACAGGGAGCUCAAGGAUGAGGCCAGAUUUCUCAAAGCCUGUGGAACCUUACUUGAAACUCCACCAGAACUUCGAGAAGGUUCUGGAAAAUUUACAGAUUUAUCUUGCGAUGGAGAUUCGGAACCUUCAAAGUUCCAUUCUUGGCUACCUAACACAUCCAUAGAGAAACUUAAGUUGGAGAAGCAACCUGAUCAACCUCCGACUCCUAUCAAUCUUUCCGAAAAAUGGGUAAAGGGAUUGGAUUCUUUGGAGCAAACACCCAGCAGCUGUACAUUUAACGGGCAGAAUGCUGGAUCCAUCUCUUGCAGCUCUACUCAAGAUGGUGGGGUUGGAAGUGUUACUAAUCAGAUCAGUAGCACCGCAACUUCUUCAGUUACACCUGGGGCUUUUGCUGCAAAUGUGCAGUGCAGAACCAAAUCUGUUCGUUUUGAAUGUGAGGAUGAUGUGAUUUCGUUUUCAUCAAGAAGUUCAUCUGAAAUUGCUAGCCAAAAUUUAAAGCAACCACAAUCAGCUGGUAAUAACAGUGCAUCAAAGCUUUCACCUUACCCAACCCCAUUAAAACUCACCGAUGAGAUGCAAACACCUGGGACUGUUUUCCCAGGGUAUCUAGAAAAUAUGGCAAAUACUAAGAAUCCUCGGAUCAGGUCUCAGUAUGUGUACUCAGUCCAGAAUCCUAUUGAGAAUUUAUCUGAGUGGAAGGUAUUGAAGGAAGAAGAUUCGAAUACCCAUCAGCAGUCAGAUCAUGUGAGAGAAACUUCAGUUGAGAAAGAAUUCAAGGUAGAAGGGAGCUUGUCGUCUUGGCUGAAACCGCCAUCAACCAAUCAAGAUGGAAAGAAUCAAAGUUCUGGUUCCAUUUCAAUUGGAAAAGCUCAUCUGCACAGAACCCCUGGGGAUAGGCCGAUCAUUGGAAUGGUGGCUGCUCACUGGAAUGAAGAUGAACCUACUCGUAUUUCACCCAAGAAUUGGGAUGGAAAUGGAAUUCCAAAUUCUACCAACAAAUAUAAAGAGGAUCAGAAGGUUAGUUGGCAUGCUACACCUUUUGAGGAGAGACUAGAGAAGGCAUUGUCUAAUGAGACUUCUGUCUCUCAGAGGAAGCCUAUCAAUGGGACACCACCAAUUGCUUUUGAGGAAACUGAGGAAAGUGAUACUGCUCUAUCCCAGCUGCAAUCUUCAACCCACGCGAAGCCUGUAGUCUCAUUUUGAUGAAUGUUUGAAGCAUUGUUGCCUUGUUUGUCAUGAGUUGUUGCUUUGUCGUCAGUGAACAUGAAUUGUUGGGAAUUUUACAUUUGAAGUUUUGCAUCAUGAACUACUAUGAUCGACUUGGUUUGCAAGUAUUCCUUGAAUAGUGGAGCAAAGUACAGAAUUUGUGCUUCUGUUGAUGUAUUCUGUCAGCAGCGCUAUGGAACUACUUGGGAUGUACAUAAUCAAAACUUUGAUCAAAUGGCUAUCAUUUCUUUUGAUUAUUAUUA